AUGAAGAUGACAGUGGACAUUUUGAAGGUACUAUUUUUCCUGAAUCUAGUCAAUUUCCAAUGGGUGUCAGGGUACUACCCUGUUGUUAUAAUACAUGGGGUGCUCACAGGUAGCGAUAGCAUGGAGGUCAUCAGCAAUCGCAUACAGGAGAUGCAUCCUGGAACGGAGGUUUAUAACACCCCGCGAUACGCGGGGUGGAGCAGCUUAGAGCCCAUGUGGCGGCAGAUCGAGGAAAUUGGCGAGGAUGUGAUGGCUAUUGCAGCCGCAUUUCCGGAGGGUAUCAAUCUCCUCGGUUACAGCCAGGGAGGAUUGAUAGCACGAGCUAUUCUCCAGAGAUUCCCCGAUCACAACGUCAGGAACUUCAUUUCCUUGAGCUCACCACAAGCUGGAGAGUUCGGAACAAAGUUUCUGCAUUUGUUUUUCCCGGAUUUAGUAUGUGAAACAGCUUAUGAACUGUUCUACUCGAAAAUUGGACAACACACUAGUGUUGGGAAUUACUGGAAUGAUCCGUAUCAUCAGGAAUUAUAUUUCCGAUAUAGCAAAUUUCUGCCUCUUGUCAAUGGCGAGGAAAAAUCCCAGAACAGUACUCAGUUUAAAAAUGGCCUCACCAAGUUGAAUAAAAUGAUACUGAUCGGAGGUCCCGACGACGGUGUGAUAACGCCGUGGCAAAGUAGUCAAUUUGGUUAUUUCGAUAGCAACAAUACUGUUCUGGACAUGAGAGACAGAGCUAUCUACAAGACCGACGCAAUUGGCCUGAAAACACUAGAUAAGGCUAAAAAAAUGAUAACUUAUACUGUGCCGGGAAUCCCCCACUUCAUGUGGCACAAGAACGAAACCAUUGCUGAUCUUUAUAUUAUACCCUAUUUAGACUAAACCAUGAAUCCAUUAAUAGCUCAAUUCGAUCAAAAUUGUAAAUAAACAAUUUCACGGAUAAAGGAAUACAGAAUGCUUGACAUCGUAGGUAUUUCGGCUGAGAUUCGUACGAUCGGACGUUUCGCCAAAUCAUUCGCGUCAUUUUUAUAAGCGCGUAAAAGCAUUUAAUUAUUUACCACUCCACCCCCGAAGGCUAGAUACGGCUUAGAAUGGAUCUCGAAGGUCACAAGAUUACUCCGAAUCAUUUAGUGACUAAUAUGAUUUCAUUCAAUUCAAAAAAUAGUUGUUUUUAUGUACGAAUUUCAAGCUAACUAUCUACGAUCUCAGAAUUUUCGCUGUUUCUUGUACUUCCGUGGGACGAAACGAAAGACUGAUCGAUGGAAGUGCCCAUGACCAUUUGUGAUCAAAUCUUUGAAUUUUGUACUACGCAAAAAAUACCCAACUGAUGAUUCUAAACAAACAAUUAGAUUUUUGUGUAAUUAAAGAAUAAAUUACGUGAAAUCUUCA